AUAAAAUUCGUUUGUUGCUAAAACGCGCCCGCUGACUGCUGGCUGGUGUGAAAGCCUUGGAAGAUUUGAGAGGAGUUUCCGAGAAAAAAAAACGAACCCGAUACGUUUUAGUGCUUUUGCAGAUAUUGUGUUAACAUUUCACCUUGUUUAUUUGUAUCCUUUUAGAUGUAAAAGGAAAAGUAAUACUGGCCUUUAUGUCUUCUCCAGAUUCCCAAACUCCGGCAGUCAAUGAGUCCAAUGCUAAUGAUAAACCAGCACUGAAAGAAAGAGAAGCGAAGAAAAGAAAACUUAGUGGUGAUGAGAGUGAAAUGCUAGCAAGUUCAUCCAGCAACAUGUCAGCAUUUAAAGAAUUCAAACUGAUAAAAGUGUUGCGAGAAGAUGACCGGCAUAAGCUCAUCAAUCUUCAUGGUUCUUUGCCACUGAAAAAGAGUGAUGAUGACUCUGGCUCUGGGCCUGUGGACUCAAAUUCAGAAGAAUCAGAUGCUGUUGUGGUGUUAGAAAGAAAACCUUUUGACCCCACAAGUAUUGAAGAGUGUAUUCGGCAAACCAAGACUAAAGAAACUCUUCACAAUGAUAUAUACAGCACUUUUGAAAUAUUCUCAACUCCAAAUAAAGCAGAUAUGAGAGCAACCUUAAUAUUUCCUGCAACAGAAAAGCAUAUAUCAAAAUAUUCUGAACACCAACCCUUUAUUGUCAACGAGACUCCUGACCUGUACAGGGAUGUCACAUUGCCAUGCAUAGAAGCCAGCAAGUUUAGCAUUCAGUGGGUCUACAACAUUUUGGACAAGACCAAGGAGGCUGAUCGCAUUGUGACCGAGGAUUCCGACCCCGAGACUGGCUUUGUGUUGAUCCCAGACUUGAAAUGGGAUCGGCAGAAAAUGGAGUCUCUUUACUUGGUCGCCAUUGUCCACAAGCGAGGCUUGCGUUCUCUUCGAGAUCUCACUGCAGAACACCUGCCAUUGUUGAAAAAUGUGCUUCAGAAAGGACAGGCUGCAAUAAAGGAGCAGUUUGGUGUUGGCUCGGACAAGCUCCGGAUCUACUUCCAUUAUCAGCCGUCAUACUACCAUCUGCACAUCCACUUCUCGCACAUCAGGUUCGAUGCCCCGGGCACCGAUGUGAUGAGGGCACACUUGCUGUCGGAUGUGAUAGACAACCUGAGCAUCAACCCCGACUUCUACAAGAAGAAAACCCUGUCCUACGUGGUGCGAGACAGCGACCAGCUGUACGAGGCAUAUGAAGAUAAUGGCUACUUUCAGUAGAGGUCGGAGUAUGCAUCAUGUUGCAGUUGUUGUUUUUUUAUUGUUUUGUUCUUUCUUGGAUUUUGUGAAGCUAGAUUCUGCCACUGAUGAAAAUGAAGAAGAUGCAAUUUUCUUGAUUGUAACAUGUUGAUACAGACCUAGUUCGUGUAAAAAAAAUUGUUGUUCGAGAUGGAUGAUUGAUUCUUAAAAGUUGGCCCUACUUUGAUCUUUUGCUUUUACUUAACCCUUUCAUUGCUAGGGUGUAUGUGUUCCAAGUUCCUACUGUCUGCACUGAUUCCCCUGUUAAGCUGGUUGGCCAGGACAGUAGUCUCAUGUCUCAGUGUCAGUGGAGUCGCGGUCUGGAUCCAGCCCACUUGUGACAUAUUUCGGACCCCAGGCCUUCAAUAGUGUCACUUUCCUCAUUCCAAACAUUCCCUAGCUUACUCAUAAUUUUGAAAAACUUGCAAAAAGUGAAAUUUUCUGCCUUCUUGAAAGACAUUUUGGUGUUAACAUUUUGCAAGAGCACUCAGUUGUCUGCAAUACUAGACUUUUGUGUAUCGAUUGCUUCUCAGGCCUAGCAGUAAACUGAUACUAGCAAAUUUGGUACCGAUAGGCGCCUGUUUUAUUCCCAAAAAUGAAUCAACACUGUGCUUGUGGCUAAAUCUCCGUACAGAAGAAUUAGAGCCAGAUAAUUAGCGAGAUGUACAGGUAAUGUCAAAUAGGCAACCAAGAAUGGCAAACUUUGCCAACUUUCGUUGCGUCCAUGGUA